AUGGCGCGAACGGGGUCGCAGCAGUGCGUGGACGCCGCGGGCGUCAAGCCGCAGCCGGUGGAGUUCACGAAAGACCCGUUCGAGGAGCCCACCGCGCCGAGGAAGAUCCGAAGCGUGCGGUUCUCGCUCAUGUCGCCGCAGGAGAUCAGCAAAGUCGGCGUGUUUCACGUCUACGAACGAAACCUUUACCAGAUGCCCCAGCGCGUGCCUCUCCCGGGCGGAAUCUUAGACCCGCGGAUGGGAACCACGGACAAGAAGGGCGCGGAGUGCGCGACGUGCAAGGGCAAGCUCAUCGACUGCGCCGGGCACUUUGGCUACGUCAAGCUCGAGCUUCCGGUGUUUCACAUCGGAUACUUCAAGAACGUCAUCUCGAUUCUGCAACAGGUGUGCAAGACGUGCAGCCGAGUGAUGCUGCCGGAGGAGGAGCACGAGCAGUACCUGAGACGGUUCCGAAACCCGCGCUUGGAGAACGUGCCGAGGCGCGCGCUGUCGAAGAAGAUGGCGGACCGGUGCAAGCGGUGUCGGACGUGUUAUUACUGCGGCGCCGCCAACGGCGUGGUGAAACGCGCGGGACAGUCGCUGAAGAUUGUCCACGAGAAGUACAGCAAGAACCCCGAGCUCAUGGAGGAGUACCUGAAACAGUUCGAGGAGGCGGUCAAGUUCAACGACCAGCUGAAGCAAAACUUGUCGCGCGUGCAGGACGAUCUGAACCCGAUACGCGUAAUCAGCAUCUUCAGGCGGAUUUCCCCGAUGGACUGCGAGCUUCUCGACAUCGCGGAUCGCCCCGAGCACUUGAUCUUGACGCACCUCCCCGUGCCGCCGGUGUGCAUUCGCCCGAGCGUAGAGAUGGACGGCGUCGCGGGGUCGAACGAGGACGACAUCACGAUGAAGCUCAUACAGAUCAUCGAGGUGAACAACGUGCUGCGGCAAGGGUUAGAGAAAGGGUUGGCGAUCGCAAACUUGAUGGAGAACUGGGACUUUCUUCAAGUCCAGAUCGCGAUGUACUUCAACAGCGAGCUCCCGGGCUUAUCGCUGCAGUACCAAGGCCCGGGGAAGCCGCUGCGAGGGUUCGUGCAGCGUCUGAAAGGGAAGCAAGGACGAUUCAGAGGGAACCUGUCGGGGAAGCGCGUCGACUUUAGCGGCCGAACGGUGAUCUCCCCGGAUCCGAACCUACGCAUAGACGAAGUCGGCGUCCCGAUGCACAUCGCGAAGCUGAUGACGUACCCAGAAGUCAUCUCGAAGCACAACAUCGAGCACAUACGCGAGCGCGUCAGGAACGGCAUGAACAAACACCCGGGCGCCAACUUUGUCCGGUUCAAGUCGGGCGGGACGCAGUAUCUGAAAUACGGCGACCGAAGACGCGUCGCGAGCGAGCUCAAGUUUGGCGACGUCGUCGAACGCCACCUGAACGACGGCGACGUCUUACUCUUCAACCGCCAGCCGAGUCUACACAAGAUGUCCAUAAUGGCGCACCGAGCGAAGAUCAUGCCGUGGCGCACGCUGCGGUUCAACGAGUGCGUCUGCGCGCCGUACAACGCCGAUUUCGACGGCGACGAGAUGAACAUUCACUGCCCGCAGACGGAGGAAGCGCGCGCGGAAGCGAUCGAGCUCAUGGGCGUGCACAAGAACCUGUGCACGCCGAAGAACGGGGAGAUACUCAUCGCCGCGACGCAGGAUUUCUUGACCGCGUCGUACCUGCUCACGUCGCGCGACUCGUUCUUGGACCGCGCGCAGGUUGGGCUUCUCGUCGCGAUGAUGGGCGACGCGUUGAUGUCAGGCGCGUAUUCCUUACACUGGUCCCCAUACGACCGCGUUGGCGUGGCGAGCGACCAGGUGUUCGUGAACCUCGAAGUCGCGGAGAAGAGCUACGGGAAGGUUGGGAAGCACAUGUGCCCGAGGGACGGGUACGUCUGCGUUCAAAACUCCGAGAUCAUGUGCGGGCAGCUCGGCAAGGCCACGCUCGGCGGCGGGAACAAGACCGGUCUCUUCUACGUCCUAAACUCCGAGUACGGCCCCGAGGUGACCGCGAGCGCGAUGAACAGAGUCGCGAAGCUCAGCGCGCGGUGGCUUGGCUCGCGCGGUUUCUCCGUCGGCAUCGACGACGUCACCCCCGGCGCGAGGCUCUCCGCGGAGAAGGCGAAGGUCGUCAGCAAGGGUUACGCGGACUGCGACACGCGGAUCGAGGCGUGGAAGCAGGGCACGCUCGCGCUGCAGCCCGGGUGCAACGCGGAGCAGACGCUCGAGAGCGAGGUGUUGGGAAUCCUAUCCAACGUGCGAGAGACGGCGGGCAACGCGUGUCUCGAGGAGCUCCCUCGAAUCAACGCGCCGCUCAUCAUGGCGCUGUGCGGGUCGAAAGGGUCGACGAUCAACAUAUCGCAGAUGGUCGCGUGCGUCGGGCAGCAGGCUGUUGGCGGGCAACGGCCGCCGGACGGCUUCGCCGAGCGCUCGCUGCCGCACUUUAGGAGAGGCGAGAAGACGCCGGCGGCGAAAGGGUUCGUCGCGAACUCGUUCUUCAGCGGGAUGCGUCCGACGGAAUUUUUCUUCCACACGAUGGCGGGCCGCGAGGGCCUCGUGGACACCGCGGUGAAGACCGCGGAGACGGGGUACAUGUCUCGGCGGCUGAUGAAAGCGCUGGAGGACCUCAGCUUGCGGUACGACGGCACGGUGCGGAACAGCACGGGCGGGAUCGUGCAGCUGACGUACGGGGACGACGGGUUAGAGCCGACGGAUAUGGAGGGGCGAGAGGCGCAGCCGGUGGACUUUUCGCGGCUGAUCAUGCACGUCCGGGGGAUCGUCCCGAGGGCGCGUCAGCCUUUGGUCGGCGAGGACGACGUCCGAGCCGCGCUCGCGAAGAUUGGCGUGUCGUUAGACGACGACGGCGACUCGAACGCGGCGAAGGCGGUCAAAUCGGACGUCGACGCCGUCGCGGGAGGGAGGCAAAAAGCCAAGGCCGCCGCCGCCGCCGCCGGGCGCGGCGCCGGGCGCGGCGCCGGGCGUGGCGGGAGCAGAUCCCCCGCCGUGAAGGCUGCGAGCGCGGUAAAGCAAGAGAGCAGCGACGCGUUCGUCGAGGUGAAGGAGGAGAAGACGGAGGAGGUGGCCGCGGCGGCGACGACGCCGACGAGGGCGUCCAAGCGACCGUCGAGGUCGUCUUCGAGGGGGAAAGGGAGCCAGACGCCGACGCCGCCGCCGCCGUCCGCGUCGUCGAAGCCCUCGACGAGCAAGGAAGGCAAAAAGAAAUCCGCCGCCGCCGCCGUCGCGGAAGAGAGCAAAGCCGCCAUGGAGACGGAUGACGACGACGCCAAGGCGAAGAUGCCGCCGCCGCCGUCCCCCGGCGCGGUCGCGAGCGCGGCGGCGCAUCACAUGCGCGACGACGACACGCGCGCGUCGAACCCUCAAAAUUCCCUCUCGUCGCUCUUCAAGCACGAGAUCGCGACGUUCGCGAAGCGCGAGCUCGUGAGAACCGGCCCCGCGGACGGCAACGGCGUGGGCGUGACCGCGGCGCAGCUCGACGAGUUUCUCGCGCGGUGCGUCCAAAAGUACGACGCGAAGCGGAUCGAACCCGGCAGCGCCGUCGGCGCCGUCGGCGCGCAAUCCAUCGGCGAACCCGGCACGCAGAUGACGCUGAAAACGUUCCACUUCGCCGGCGUGGCGUCCAUGAACAUCACGCUCGGCGUCCCGCGCAUCAAGGAGAUCAUCAACGCGUCGAAAAACAUCAGCACGCCGAUAAUAACCGCCACCUUGGCGUGCGACGACGACGUCAAAGCCGCGCGCGUCGUGAAGGGCAGGGUGGAGAAGACGACGCUCGGGGAGGUGUGCAAGCACAUCCACGUCGUGUUCGACCCGACCGCGUGCUACCUCGAGGUCGCGCUCGACCCGGACGUCAUCCGCGCGCUGCAGCUGGACGUCACCGUCGCCACGGUCAAGCGCGCGCUGCUGUCGACGACGAAGCUCAAGCUGAAGCCGAACCGGGUGUUGGAGAGAGCCGGGAACGUGUUGCACGUGUUGCCUCCGGACGCGUCGGACGCGGCGGCGGCGCGGACGGCGGCGGCGCGCGACGCCGUCGGCCCGGCCGCGAUCCACCGCGACGCGUUUAACCUCCAGAACCUUCGUACCGCGGUCCCGAACGUCAUCGUUCAGGGGAUACCGAGCGUGUCGAGGGCGGUCAUAAACGACAAGGGCGGCGGGAAGCUCAAUCUCGUCGUGGAGGGCACGGAUUUACGCGCGGUGAUGGCGACGGAGGGCAUCGAGGGGACGCGGACGACGACGAACCACGUCAUGGAAGCGGAGCGGACGCUAGGCAUCGAAGCCGCGCGGUUUUGCAUCAUCAAAGAGAUCAACGACACGAUGAAAGCCCACGGGAUGUCCAUCGACGCGCGGCAUUCGAUGCUCCUCGCCGACGUCAUGACCUACAAGGGCGAGGUGCUCGGCAUCACGCGAUUCGGCAUGGCGAAGAUGAAGGACAGCGUCCUGAUGCUCGCGUCGUUCGAGAAGACCACGGACCAUCUGUUCGACGCCGCGCUGCGCGGCCGCGUGGACACUAUCGACGGCGUGAGCGAGUGCAUCAUCAUGGGCAUUCCGAUGCCGGUCGGCACCGGGAUGUUCAAGUUGCGGCACAGGGCGAUGCGGCUGGAGGACGCGACGGAGGAGGAGGCGGCGGCGGCGGCGGGCGGCGGCGCGGCGGCGGCGGCGGGGGGGAAGAAGCUCACGAUCGAGGACGAGAUUUUGGCGCUUCCGAAGCGUCCGGCGCCGCUGAUGCGGCAGCUCGGGUUGCAGUGA